AAGAUAUCCUCUUCGGUGGACGAUACCUAUCCUCUAGAUCAAUUUAGGCUUUUGAAAUCAGAAGUGUUCCAUAAGCCCCAGGUUCUCACACACAUGGUAUCCGGUUGAGUCCAGGUCAAGUGAGCUCGAGCUCGAGCCCGAGGCCAACCUGCUAGGGCCUAUUAGAAUGCGUGUGAGAAGUGGAGAUAAAAUGGUUCAAUUUCUAAUUUGGGAGAAGAGAAAUGGUGCCGAGGUCGGCUGCGGUAUCCGCAUUUUUGUUCACUCCCCCUUAUCUCUCUCUCCCCCAACCCAACCCCACCCCACCCCACCAAGAAUCCAGUCUCCAUUGUGUACAAAAAUAAAAUCAAGCAGUUGGCAGGUGUCUCCUCAAAAUAAAUCUCUAUAUAUAGAGACCCAUCUAUCUGUUGACUUAAAUAUAAAGCCAUGAUCAGCGCCUCCCUCUCACUUCCACUCUCCGAGAGAAAAGAUGCGUUUCUCUCUCAAAUCCAAAUCCACAGUGGACCAGCAACUUGCUUCUUCUUCAUCAUCAUCUCCUACUUCUCCUUCUCAUGUCACUGCUUCCACCAUGGCUAAUUCUGUUGAUGCCAGCCACAACAAUAAGAAUAAGAGCAAUAGAAAGCGGUUUCUGCCUCCGCCGCCCCUCCACCCUCCUCCUCGACCAUUCAUUAAAUCCGACGGCCACCUGACGUCGACUUCGACGACAAGAGAUAACACGCCUCGCUCCAAUUCUACCUCAACGAACCACACGCCUCUCUCGACCCCCACCGCCACCACCACCACCACCACCACCAUCAACCUCAAGCGAGAGUUCACCAUCGCCACGCAGACCAACUCCUACAACGACAUAUGGACGAAGAUCCAUUCCCCCACCCACGUCGCGACCCACUCCGAGCUCCUCCAGCCAGGCCAUGACGCCAUAGCGGAGGCCCUGCACAACGCCAAGCCCUCGUCCUCCUCUGCAGCCACCCUCGCCUCCCACUACUUUAACGUCAGUGAAGAAGCCUCCUCCCUCUGCCUCUCCCUCCAUUCCUCGACGACGUGCACUUUCCAGCUCUACUCCCCCCUCCGCCAACUCCUUGAAAUUUUGCCUCAUCCUACUCUUGAUAACAACAACAGCAACCACGUCCACCUCUCUCCCCCACAACUCAAAUUCGCCAAUCGCCAAUUCCUCGCCUUCCACGAAUCAUUUGAAAACCCGUUCCCACACCCUCCAGUUGAGCCCUUCUCCCAACUCCGUCAGCAUUUCUCCAACCUACGCCGUGACCUCGACCGCAACCUGCACAGGACCCGCCGCAAGCUCAGCUUCCUCCGCCGAACCACCAGAACCGCCGCCCUCUGCCUCGUUGGCGCCACCUUGGCCGUCACGGCAACUGCCAUCGUGCUCUUCACUCACGUUAUUGGAGGUGCCACAGUGAUGGCCGCUGCUGCAUCAACAGGGCCAUCUUGCUUCUUCUCUCUACUGCCGGCCAACUUUGCAAAGACAUCCUUUCGGAUGGUUAGGUGGCGUGUGGCCCAGCUCGACACCACCGCCAAAGGAGUCUAUGUCCUCAGCAGCGAUCUCGACACCAUAGAGAGGCUGGUGACGAGGGUUCACGAGACAGUGGAGAGUGACACGGCACUCGUGAGAAUGGGGGUGGAGAGGGGGGAGAACUCUACUGUGGUGGUUGGAGAGGUGGUGAGGCAGCUGAGAAGGAGCCAGCCUAAGCUAACACAGCAGCUGAGGGACCUGGAGGAGCACCUCUGCCUCUGCCUCGCCACCCUCAACAGGGCAAGGUCCCAGCUCCUCCACCAAAUCUCCCUCAAUGCACCCUCACCCUCCUCCAAUACCAGACCACCUCAUUCUCCCUCCUCACUCUGACUAACUUGACUCAAACGCAUUUCUCUCUCUCACACAAACAAUGAAAGAGAGGCUCAAAUGAAAAUGAGGUAUACAAGUUGCUUCUCUAUCCAAAUCAUCAAACCCCUACCUACAAUUAGACACCUCUAUCUCCCCCCAAAAUUCCAUGCAAUUCUAAUUGAGAUGUAUUGUAUUAGUCAUUUUUUCCCAGUAUUUAAAUCCGAUGCAUUGAUAUUUUCCAUUGAGAUGAAUUGGCCCUGGCCCCUAGAGGUGGGGGGUCCCCUUGGCUCUCUUACCUGAUGGGAGCCUUUUGCUUUAGUUCUGGCUGUAUCUAUCCAGUUGUUUACCCUUGA